UUGACUUUUAUAUACAAUCUUAAUGGGCAUUUCUCUCCAUUUCCAGAUAAGUGACUGACCCCCUUCUUCGUUAAGCUUCCAAUUUCUCUAUGGAGAAAAGAAUGAACCACUGAAAUCAUGGGUUUGACAAGCAAUGAAAAAUCUCUUCACAUAGUGAUGUUCCCAUGGCUAGCCAUGGGUCAUCUCAUACCUUUCUUGCACUUCUCCAAAAUCUUAGCUGAAAAAGGCCAUAAGAUCUCUUAUAUUUCCACCCCAAGAAAUCUAUCUAGACUUCCCAAAAUACCUCCAAAGUUAUCCCAUAUUAUCAACCUAGUUUCACUUCCCUUUCCCAAAGUGGAAAGUUUGCCAGAACUUGCAGAGUCUUCCAUGGAUAUACCUCACCAAAAAGCUCAGUUUCUAAAAAUAGCAUUUGAUCUGCUCGAGUCACCUCUGGUCACUUUUCUUGAAACCACCACUCCAAGGGUUGACUGGAUUAUCUUUGACUAUGCUUCUCAUUGGGUACCCUCAGUUGCAUCAAAAUUUGGUGUCUCCACUGCUUACUUUAGCCUCUUCACUGCUGCAACACAGGCUUUUCUUGGACCUCCAUCAUUGUUGGAUGGCAAGAUUAUACGAUCAACGGCUGAGGAUUUUUGCCAGGUGCCCGAAUGGGUCCCGUUUGAGUCGGAUAUUGUUUAUCGCCUCCAUGAGGUGACCAAGUACACAGAGGGUGCAAUCAGCAACGAAUCAGGUGUUUCGGAUACGGUAAGGUUUCUAGCCUCCGUGGAUGGUUGUGAUUUGGUUUUGUUUAGAACAAGUUUUGAGUUUGAACCUGAGUGGUUCAAUCUUGUUUGUGAGCUUUAUCAAAAGCCUGUUAUACCAAUUGGGGUUUUGCCCCCAAAAAAUGAUGAUUUUGAUGAUUAUGAAAAUUGGGAUUUCGUAAAGAAGUGGUUAGAUGAACAAAAGGUUGGUUCGGUUGUUUUCGUAGCCCUUGGAAGUGAGGCCACUCUGAGUCAACUCGAAAUUGGUGAGUUGGCUCUAGGGUUAGAGCAUUCGGGUUUGCCUUUCUUUUGGGUAUUAAGAAAGCCGAUCACCGAGUUGACUCAGACGCUUCCUGACGGGUUUCGGGAGAGGGUUAAAGGUCGUGGGGUCGUUUACUUAGGGUGGGCCCCACAAGUUAGGAUAUUGAGUCACUCGUCAAUAGGUGGCUUCUUGACUCACUGUGGUUGGAACUCGGCCAUUGAAGGACUUGCAUUUGGGCGCGUAUUGAUCUUCUUUCCUGUUAUGAACGACCAAGGGUUGAACGUGAGGUUGCUGAGUGGAAAGAAACUGGGAGUCGAGAUUCCUAGAAAUGAGAAAGACGGGUCAUUUACGAGCGACUCUGUGGCUAAGUCAGUCAAACUAGCCAUGGUGAGUGAAGGAGGAGAGCAAAUAAGGAAAAAUGCAAGAGAAAUGAAAGGAUUGUUUGGGGAUGAGAGCAAGAAUGAUCUUUAUAUUGAUGUUUGUAUACAACGCUUGGUUCAAAUGAGGAAACCAAACCCUGAUGGAUGAAUUAGUGAUCGUUUGUUUUUCUAAAAUUACUUCUUUAAUAUUUUU